AUGGCGAUACAAGAGACCAAAGUAGAGGACGCACACACUGUUAGGAUUCCUGGCUACCUAGUGUAUCGCAGUGACCGAAACAGACACGGAGGAGGCGUAGCCCUGCUCCUAGAAAACAUGGAAGCCGCCGCCGUAUCGAUCCGUACUCGCAGGUACGGAGACGUCGCCGUGGUGACCUGUUAUCAGCCCCCUCAGCUUCCGCUCACCGCUCACGAUUUACGCGUGGUCCUGGAGACGAGGCCCCAAACCGUAGCCAUCGGGGACUUUAACGCGAAAUCGCCCAAAUGGCACAGCACAACCACAACCACGCGUGGCAGUGUGCUUCUACAAUUCUUGCAUAACCACGAGGACGUUGCAGCACCAUACGUGUUGGAUAUCACUUUGCUCAGAGCAAUACCGAUGGCCGCCGACCUAGCGACGCACCACGAGGGGGCGACGAACCAUGCUCCUAUUCUCCUAACUCUAGGGGACGAGCGUCGCGACUUCGAGGCUGCCCUCGCGAGCCUUGAGACGGAUAUCCACACCGCCUUGGAAGCCAGCACCACGGAAACGACGGAGAGGAGGAUAGCGAAUUAUGCAGGUGAAUUACCUAUUAUGUUGCAGGACCUAAACAGGGAAAGACAUGCGCUGAACCGGAGGGUAAAAGCGGCCCUAGAGGAGCAUUACGAGGACUCGUGGCAACGACAUCUGGAGUCACUGAACCCCGAGGACCGCAUCCUGUGGACGAUGCAAUGGGCGCUGAGGACCACCCGGAAGCCUAUGCCUCCGAUUCACGGAAAUAACGGGAUCGUCUACACUAGGUAUGAAAAGGCCGAGGCAUUCGCCGACAGCCUUGAAUUACAGUGUAGGGAAAACCUUCUCGACGACGAAGACGAGGACCACGCCGACGAGGUGGAACGACGCGUACGGCGCUACAGACGCCAACCCGACAGGGACGACAUUAGGCCGGCGACACCCGAGGAGGUGAGGGACAUCCUGCGGCGCCUCAACCCCCGCAAGGCACCCGGAUGCGACCAGAUCGGAAAUCGAAUACUCAGAAAGCUCCCCCACAAGGGAGUGAUGGCGCUGCUGAGAACAUCCCAUUAUUUGAAUGAUUUGUAA